CUCUGUACAUGCAAACACCGCGGCCUUACCGGCUCUUCAGAUGUCGGUAACGCCAUAACGCGUCCAACGGCAACCUUCAAUUGUUACAAAAUGCCAAACAGCGGCCUUACGUUAUUGCUUCGGAGGCUAGUUAGUCCGUGCCGCGGAAGCCGGAUGACUGAUCUUCAUAACUCUCGUCAACCAGACAUGACAUCACCUCCUCACCGCUUUCGCACUACCAUCAUGGCUUGCAAUAGCUAUCCGGUUUACAAAGUCAAAUCGCAUAUGGCCCUUCCAGAUCCGCACAUGCCGCCCGGUCGCUUCCAUCACGCCAUAUUCGUCGAAACCAGCGACAAUGGCUUUGGUACUCUGUACCAUGUCACUGGCGACGUCACAUCAGCAAAUGGAAUGAGCUACGAGAGUAGAGAUUCACCUGAUCCCGCUCAAUUAGAAGGCUUCUAUUCUAAAGAAUUGCUGGGCUAUACUGGCUCCGACGUCCAUCCACAACAGUGGAGUUCGGUUCUCGCGUCACUGCCGACUCCACCUCAGCAAAAAGCGUCAAGCCCGAAGAACCAAGGCCGCGUUGAGCCUUUUAAGGAGAAGGUUGGCGGUUAUGGAUAUGUUUUUAUACUGAUGGAGAAGAGCGUAAGCCUCUUUGGAAAUGCACUGAGUGGGUUGAGUGGUACGCUAUUCCUGCUCUUCACGAACGCGGCCUUAUUCAAAGCGGUGGUCAGUAACUACUCUAACAUUGCAUCUCCUUGUUCAAUAGUCCAAGGUUUCUAAAUUUCUAGUACAUUUUCC